AGUGCGGGCAUUUUGUCUGGGUUUACGCUUCAUGCAACAGCCUCUCGUCCACAAUACUGUGUCCUUACCGUCUGGGGACUAGAACUAUGUUUUCAAGAGGCUCAUUUUCCCUCAAAAUGUACAGUAAGUGAUUUCACUCUGACUUUCCCUGUCUUGGAGCCUGGGGCUGGUUCGGGCAUUCCUUCGCAGGGUGAAUAUCCACAAGGCAUCGGUCUGGACGGAAAGACCGUCCUUUGUUUAACUACGUACACAAGGCCUUUGAAAAGCUAAACCUGAGCUAAGACAUGUUUUGGAGGUGAUGCGAAGAGUGACUUAUUCAGUGAAAGGCUGUGAGUGAGCAUCUCGAAUGGCUGGGCACCGAGCAAGAGGGAGCUGGUGAGGCAGUCACUGAAAAGACGUUGGCUGGGUGCAAAUUUGCAUGAGACUCAGUAAAAUACAGGGAAAGCUCUGAUAAUGGCUGCAAAUGCCACAAAGAUUAAGGAGUUUGUGUUUCAUAAAAGGCUACAUCAUGAUUUUUAAAGGCUUGGCCACAGAUUUCCUCCAAAACCUAUGCCGUGGCAGAAAAUAGACACUGUAGCAAUCAAUACUGUAAGGAAAGAAAUGCCAGGUCUGAAUGAAUCACUAAGUCUUGAAAUGAUGAGAGAGAUGAGAUAUAAUUUCUGUAAAUAAAAAUGUAAAAUCGAGCUUCCAAAGUGCAAAAAGGACCAAAAGAAAAAAGAAAGAAAAAAAAACCCCUAUAUACAAAUCACUGGAAAAAACCUUCUGGCUUCUUUCUUAACCACUGUGUCAAAAGCAGAAGGAAGGCAGCGCGGAGUUUCAGAUGUUCAUCUAAAAAAGGAGAAAACCCUGAGUGCCCGUGAUUCAGACGAAUUAAGAGAGCAGGCACUGAACGCGUACCUACCUUGGUAGAAGAUUGCCUCCUCUCCUGCCGUCUCCGCUGUGAGUCAGAGGGGCUGACCGUCCACCCCCGUUGCCAGGCUCGUGCUUUCUGCCCAGCUCGAGUCCCACCAUGACAGCGGAACCGAUGAACUCCACGGGCGUCUACGAUGCGGGUGAGGAUUACUUCGCGUCGGUGAACAGCUCGGAUUACCUACUGGACGACGAGAGCUUCCUGUGCUCCCUGCAGGAGGUCCGGAAGUUCUCGGUGCUGUUUGUGCCGCUCGCUUACUCCCUGAUAUGCGUCUCGGGCCUCCUGGGCAACGUGCUGGUGGUGGUCACCUUCGCGUUCUACAAGAAAGCCAAGUCCAUGACGGACGUGUACCUCCUGAACAUGGCCGUCGCCGACAUCCUCUUUGUCCUCACGCUCCCGUUCUGGGCCGUCAACCACGCCACCGGGGAGUGGAUUUUCAGCAACGCCAUGUGCAAACUGACGCGGGGCAUCUACGCCGUCAACUUCAACUGCGGGAUGCUGCUCUUGACCUGCAUCAGCCUGGACCGCUACAUCGCCAUCGUGCAGGCCACCAAGUCCUUCCGGCUGCGCUCCAGAGCCUUAGCGCACCACAAAGCCAUCUGCUUCGCCGUGUGGGCCGUGUCCAUCCUCAUCUCCAGCUCCACCUUCACCUUCAACCAGAAGUACAAGCUGCAGGGCAGCGACGUGUGCGAGCCCCGGUACCACAGCGUCUCGGAGCCGCUGCGGUGGAAGCUGCUCGUGCUGGGGCUGCAGCUGCUCUUCGGCUUCUUCAUCCCCCUGGUGUUCAUGAUAUUUUGCUACAUGUUCAUCGUCAAGACCUUGGUGCAGGCCCAGAAUUCCAAGAGGCACAAGGCCAUCCGCGUGAUCCUGGCGGUGGUGCUCGUGUUCCUGGCCUGCCAGAUCCCCCACAACAUGGUGCUGCUGGUGACGGCCGUCAACCUGGGCAGGACCGACCGGUCCUGCGGCAGCGAGAGGGCGCUGGGCUACGCCCGGAACAUCACCGAGGUCCUGGCGUUCCUGCACUGCUGCCUCAACCCGGUGCUCUACGCCUUCAUCGGGCAGAAGUUCCGGAGCUACUUUCUGAAGAUCAUGAAAGACCUGUGGUGCGUGCGGCGGAAGCAGAAGGCGCCGGGCUUCUCCUGCUCCCGGCUGCACUCAGAGACCUCCACCUUCCGGCAGAACAGCGAGACCCCGGACAACGACAAUCCGUCCUCCUUCACCAUGUGACGGCCGAGGCGCGGUGCACCCGCGAGCAGGUGAGACCAGAGCGCGGGGAGCGUGGACGGGGACGCACCGAGCAAAAGUCUUUUCCCGCAGGGUCGGGUCCGCACGCGCCGCCACCUGCCGCCGCCCCCAGACUCGCUGCAGCGGGGACGCCCUGGGACCCGGUCCCUGCCAGCUGGCUUUGCCCCCGAGCAGGCUUUGGGAAGCGCCGGAUGAAAACGGAUGGCUCACACAUGUGACCGCUUUCGGGAAUAUGCAUGAAGCAACCCGGGACCCAUUUUUUUUUCUGGUCAUUGCAAAAAAGUCCAUGGCUUAAAAAAUCAAAAUAGGAAAAAAAAAAAAAAAAAAAGCCCUCACAUGUAACUCAUUUCAGGCAAGAAGGUCAACAUUUUCCGCAUCGCCAUGGUCACAGUAAGCGACCGUCAGCAGCACGAUGCUCUGGUUUGAGCUUUCUCUCAGUGUCCUGGGAGGCGCCCCACAAGUUCGGGAUGCUGAAAAGGCAGAAGGAAAACCAGCUGAAGGACAGAAGAGGCGGCUGCGUCAGUGGCAGCGAUGCUUGGCCGGACCGAGGAUCAGGCAGCAGAGCUGGUAACAGGCAAGCAGGAAGGGUCCUCCGUGAUGGGGGAAGCUCCUCGCGACAUCCCCCAGACCGCAUCCCUUCAGCAGGCAGAAGGGGCUUGAUAAAAAACGACCCAUGAAAUUGGAGCUUAGAGUGCAAUUUGAGGUGUCAGGUGUUUUAAAAUAAAAAAAUAAAUAGAAUACUUUUAAAAAGGGGGGGGGUGCCUUUCCGCAGACAAUAAUGAAAGAACCUUUGUUCAUUUCCACACUGGCCCCGAAGAAGGGUGCGUGGAAGGGACUCUGUUCCAGGUCGCUGCAGAUUAGCUGGCGGGCAGCUGGGACCACGCUGGCUUCCACUGCGGGAAAAAGGUUUAAUCUUAGAGUCUGAGGUUAACUGUGGACUCAGAUUUGAUCAACUCUCCUCAACUUCAAUGGGAGUUUAUAGAACUCAAGUUUUGAAAGGGCUCUGUAAAUAGACGAACCUAAGUGGGAAAGCAUCAGUGUGUCUUACAAAAAUGUAAAUGCAUAUAAAGGUCCUGGCACGCAAGGCAAAAGUGCCUGUGUGCUGGACUGGCACCAGUGUUCUACCUGGAACUUUCUGUUGUCCUUGUAAGAUUCAACCACAUCUCCAUGUGGAAUUCAACGUGUCUCUUAAGAGCCAGUGUCUGUAUUUUAAAAACAUGGUUUUGGCUUAGCAAAAUAAAAAAAACUGUUUGGGGUCUAGGGGUUAGAACUUGGUGCUUUCACUGCUGCAGUCCAGCUUCAAACCCUGGUCUGGGAACGGAGAUCACACACGGAGCCGCUGCAGCCCUGGCCAAAUAAUAAUAAUUGUAAUAAUAAAAACCCUGGGUCGUGUGUGAAAUAGCCAUUGUCCUCUACGUUCAGGGAUCCGACUGCGAGGUCACGAUGCUCCAGGGUCCCGCAUCCUUUAAAUCUGUGAGCAUUUGACUCCAGAAAUCAAAGCAGACGUGGUGUUACUGAGACGCUUCUUUUUUUAUUUUCAUUUUUUCUUUGCAGGGCCACACCUGCAGCAUAUGGAAGUCCCCAGACUAGGGGUCGA